AUGUCGGCCUCCAAGUUAGAGAAGAACAUUGCAAAUCUGGAACGGCGAAUGCGCGAGGAGUUCAAAGCAGAGCUUGCGCAGGGUCUGAAAGUCCAAUCGAUUCGGCUCGAUGCCUUUGAGGCACAGCUCCAGCGCUUGCAGCCGAGGCCCGCGUUGUUGCAGGAUGUCAACCAGGACGAAGAGUCGAACAAAGGCCGCGCACAAGGUGAACCCGAGCAAAGUGAUCUUGUCCCUGUCGUGCCUGUUGUACGGGAGGCUUGGGCGGAAGACGCAGCGGCACAAGAGGUCGCUGUCACGAGUGCCGAGACCGAUCCAAUGGAGCCCGUGGCAUUCUUGGAGACUUCCUGGAAUCUGGUGCUGGUGCUGGGCUACACCGGUGCAGGCUGGUGUGAUGUGGUGAUUGCUUGUCUGCUCUUCCUGGCCAGCGUGGCCACGCAAGCCUUUUUCAGUUGGAUCUUGUUGAGUCCGGAAUUCCAGGGUGAUCCUUUCAGCCUGCAGAUCGAGAUUGCCACAGCCUGGCGGAGAAGCGUGGCGCACGAUUCAAUGCACGUUGACCUUGCACAGACGAGUCUCAUCAGCCGGGUCUGCAACGACGACGGCGCUCUCAUCCUUUCCACAGAUCAGGCCUCACUGAUACGGCAGAUCAACUCGUUCCUCGGAUAUCAGAAAUCUACGGAUUUUGACCAAGAGGAUGCCUCUCGAACGGGUGUGUUGCUGGCCAUGCUCUGCAUCCUCCUCUGGUGCCUGUACAUCUCUAACGAAUUCCGCACCAUAUGGCUUUCACUGGAAGCCGUGGCCCAGCUUCCACUCAAGCGCAGGACUGACUUCCACGACGGGCGCUUCAAGGCUAUGUCAUGGCCACGUUUCUGUGCCUACUUCCUCUUGCGCCUGCUUCGGGCAGCCAUCAGCGGAGCCCUGCUGUACGCAGGCAUAUUGUGGCUGGGGGCAACGACAUCGAUCAGUGACCUCAUAGUAAAUGCGGUUGCUCUGGGUGCAGUGCUGAGCGUCGAUGAGAUGGUCUUCGCCGCGCUGAUGCCCAAGAAACUCCAGAUCAAGAUCCAAGACCUUGAGGCCAUCAAGAUCAGGUACAGCCGCUGCCGCAGCCAGGUGGAGGCGGUCUGCAUCAUGCUGGCCUUGGGAGGCGUCCUGGCAUGGUCAUAUGUCUACAUCGUCAAUCCACUUGCGCAGGACAUGGAAACAGUCAAGCGAGCCUACUGCUUUGGAAACCAAGACUUCGUGGUGGGAAUGAAUGAAGACAUCCAGCUCGUCUUUGGCAUACGGACGAUUCCGCACGCCAAUGUUUCUGGCAGAACGUUGAGUCAGCUGGCGGUAGAGAAUUACAUAUACCAAGAGCCCUCGAUGCCAGCAGACUACAUCAGUUUUCAGAGUGACGUUCAGCGCUUUGACCGUAUGGUGUUGCAGACCAUGGAAGAAUCGGCCACAGGCUUUGCCUACUGCAAGGAUCUGGACACGCUCUACAUUCUGGACCAGCCAGACGAAGAAAUUGUGAACGAGUUCGUGGAUCUGUACAGACCCUACUUUUGGUCUGCUGCCGCGGUUCUCAACGAGCCGCGCAACAGCACGUGCUUGGACAUGGUCAGUCAUUGCAACGAUGCGGAGGCACGUAUGCUCCGGCAGGUUUGCGGCGUCACUUGUGGAUGCGCGGAUCCACGAAGUUACCCGGUUUACAAGGUGCCACACAAGGGCUGCAGCAGGAAUUGCUUGUCAAACGCGGCCAGCCCAGAGCAGCCGAUCUGCGAGGACAUUGAGAAUGGAGCAAUGUGGAAGCAAUUCUGGGAUGGUUAUCCUACAGUGCUCAGCAGCGAGAUCGGUGUGAUGCUCGACUACAACUCGACCCUGGGUCAGUGGGUUCUGCAACUGAUCGGAGCCAUGCAGGAGUUCGGAUGUGCCGCGUUGGCUUUUCAUCCGGAACUGGCCAAGGAACCAGUGACACAGCAGCGCUGGUGUGAUGGCAUCGACGAGGUGAUAGCACCGUUGGCGCGCAUUUGCCCGGAGAGCUGUGGAUGCACCAACGCUUCGCAUGCUAGCCACAUCGCACCUUCGCCGAACGGGUGCAAUCCUGAGUGCCAUGCAUUGUGUCGUGAUGCUGGAUUGUCAACUCCGAUACAGAACGUUUCCACAUGUUCUGAGGCCAAAGCCUUCGGUCUAUGCACAAUAGAUGAGUUUAAGUACAAGUGCCUGAGGACAUGCAAAGCAUGUCAUGUACUGCUGGACGAUGAUUAG